ACAAGUAUGUUUUCCAUACAGAUCAGUGAUGUUUUCAUUUGAAUAACCUCAAUCAACAUUCCAAGUUAAUCUUUAAUUUUAUCAGCACAAUCAACAUUGUUUUAAAUUUAAAACUUGAUAAGCAUUAUUAGAAAAACCUUGAAUAUGUCUGAAGAUACAGAUAUUGAACAUGAAUUACUUCACAAGAAUCUAUUUCCUAUGAUGGAGUAUGAAACUCAAUUGUUUUUGGAUAUUAUGCACCAGGAUGCUGUAGUUGUGGCAGCAAAGGGUUUGAGUAUGGAUCAUGUAUUAUUAAACCUUUUCAAAGUUUAUGCUGAUCCUGGCAAUUUAGUGAUAAUUCUAAAUUGUUCUGAAUUUGAGGAGAAGUAUUAUUUAGAUAAGCUACAACUUGAAAAUGUGCAUGCAACUACUUAUACUACCAAUACAACUGAGAGAGCCGAUGUUUAUCUAUCCGGGGGUGUACAUUUUGUAACAACAAGAAUUUUAGUUGUUGAUAUGCUCAAAAAACGAAUCCCUAUUGAAAAAAUUACAGGAUUCAUUGUUCUACAAGCACAUAGUGUGUUGGAAAGUUGUCAGGAAGCAUUUGUCUUGAGAUUAUUUAGGCAAGCAAAUAAAACGGGAUUUAUUAAGGCGUUCACAAACUCAGCGCAAAGCUUUACGAUAGGUUUCAGUCAAGUAGAGCGAGUUAUGCGCGCCCUUUUCGUUAAAGAAUUAUUCAUAUGGCCAAGAUUUCAUUCGUCAGUUAUACAUAGUCUUAAAAAGCAUGAACCUGCAGUGGUGGAACUGCACAUCCCAAUUUCUGAUAAAAUACGCAAACUACAAACGUGCAUUUUAGAUCUGAUGAAUUUAACUGUGAAGGAAUUGAAAAAAAUUAACAAAACCUUGGAAAUGGCUGAAAUAACCGUGGAAAAUUGUUUAACAAAAAAGUUUCACAAAGUUUUGCAAACUCAACUAGACUGCAUUUGGCACCAAUUGAGCAGUAAGAGCAAGCAGUUAAUUACUGAAUUAAAAACACUGCGUCAUUUGUUAUUGGUACUGUUUUAUGACGAUGUUAUAACAUUUUAUUCCACAUUGAUGCAUUAUCGAACAAAAGAGUAUGCUGCAACAAGCCAUUGGGUACUUUUACAGCCCGCCGAGCUGUUGUUUACUGAAGCUAACUCGCUAAUCUACAGCAAGGAUAAAGAAUUGAAUCCCGAGUUUUGUACUAAGUGGAGUACUUUAUCAGAAAUAUUAAAAUCGGAAAUUCCAGCGGAAAUAAAACACAAAAAAAUGUCUUUAGGAGAAUCCAAAGUGUUAAUUUUGUGUCAGGAUAGUAAAACUUGUUUCCAACUAAAUCAGUUCUUGCGUUAUGGACCUCAUCAUUAUUUGUUUUUAAUGGCCCUUUCAAAAGGUGUGAACUUCAAGACAAUUCACGACAAGUUCAAAACUACCAACUGUAAAGAGUUGCAGGAGAGCUUUACGCAACAUCAAUUGGAAUUGAGUACGAUUGAAAACAAUGCAAAUAAUAAAGGAAAAAUGACGAAAGGGGUGCCAGCAAAGAAGCCUAAAUUACAAGAAAAUCAUAAAGAUGCACAGAAAUGCAUAUCAGAAUUGGAUGAAUUGGAAAACAUGCGGGAUUCGUAUGUACUUAAAAUGUCUCAAACUGCUUUAUUCAAUGAGAGUAUUAAUAUGUCUGCAACUCAAGUUGUAGAUGAAGAACAAAUAAGCGACUCACAAGUUGUGUUUGAAGCUUGUCCUGAAAUAGAGAAUAUGAAUCUAACACAAAUACUCGAAAAGAUGAAUCAACCGACAGUUCUUAUUCAAACAUUUAAACACGGUGAUAACUUUCUGUCGUUGCAAAAGAACUUGGAGGAUAUUGCGCCGAACUUUAUCAUAAUGUAUCACAGCAACAUGACAGCGGUGAGGCAAAUCGAGAUAUACGAGGCGCGAAGACAGAAGGAUCGGCAACUCAAAGUUUACUUCCUCAUACAUGCGGAAACAGUAGAAGAACAAAGUUAUUUAACUUCUUUACGCCGAGAAAAAGAGGCGUUUGAGUUUCUUAUUCAAACGAAAUCUACUAUGGUUGUACCUGAAGAUCAAGAUGGCAAAACGGAUGAUUGUUUAGCCUUACAACGCGAAAUAAAGAGCCCUGAAACAAAUACACGCAAAGCCGGCGGCUUGGAACCCGAAACUCAAGAAAGGAACUUUGUGAUUGUCGAUAUGCGCGAAUUUCGCAGUGACCUCCCGGCAUUGAUUCAUAAACGUGGGGUGGAAAUUGAACCUUUGACGAUCUCUGUUGGAGAUUAUAUACUCACCCGUGACAUUUGCAUAGAACGUAAAAGUCUCUCCGAUUUAGUGGGAUCAUUGAAUUCUGGACGAUUAUAUCAGCAAUGCACACAAAUGAGUAGAUGUUAUGCAAAACCAAUGCUAUUGAUUGAAUUUGAUCACAACCGUCCGUUUUCUUGGCAGAGCAAUUAUAUUUUGUCCACUGAUGGGAAUAAUUUCGACAUACAACAAAAACUUCUCUUGUUGACAAUGCAUUUCCCACGAUUGAAAAUCAUAUGGAGUCCAUCACCAUACGCAUCAGCUCAGCUGUUUGAAGAAUUAAAAGACGGCAAGGAGCAACCUAAUAUUCAAUACGCAACAACUAUAGGCGCAGAAGUGGAUCUAGAUCUCGUUGAGACAAAAUAUAACGUCGCUGUAUACGAUUUUGUACAAAAACUACCUGGUAUAAGUAGUAAAAAUAUCGAUAUCUUGUUGAGAGGCUGUAAAAACCUCGACGAACUUUCUUCAAUGUCUCAAGACGAAUUGCAUAAACUAUUAGGGAAUGCAAAUGAUGCUAAGUCUUUAUAUUCUAUUCUAAUUGAAGAACAAACCCAACCUGUGGUAGAAGGACAACAGAACAUAAAGAGAACAAGAUCCAAGUUUAAAUUUAACAAAAAAUAAGUGAAGUAAAAUAUAUAUUCUAUAAAUACUUCAUUAAUACCCAAUUAAUGUGCUACAAAUUAAGCUAAGCUUGAAUCACAAAGAAGCAUCAUUUGAUUUUUAAAACAGCACCAUUUAAAACAAUAUUAUUAUCCAGGAACAUUUAAGGCAGCUUAUGCAGAUCAUGUUUAGUGUACAGAUCUUGAACACGAUCAAAUACUGUAGCUGUUACAUCCAAUGUUUUUGGUAAGGCUUCCAGAGACGAUUUUUGGAAUUCUUCAUCAUCACCACAUACCUGAGAUUGAGCAAAAAGGUCAACAAACAUAUUCAUAUUUAAAUUUAAUUGUCAAUGUUUGAUUUACCCUUUUUAACAAGUUUGCUUUGUUUGGUAAUGUGUACAUGGCUAAUCUGGCACCUUUGGCAAUGAAAAAGGAAUGAUGAUUGCCAAGAGUUUGGUCAUAAGCAGCUCUGCACACAUGGCCAACAUUCUCUUCAAAUUGUAGCUCACCAACUGACUUUAAAAACAAUCGAAUAAAAUCUGCAAUAAAUUUUGAAGUAUUAAAA